AUGCAGGUUUAUAUUGUUUACAUGGGAGACCGGCACUCCGAGGAUUACUCGACUGAGUCUCUCCAUCUCAACAUGCUUGAUCGAGUGAUUGAGGACAGCUCAGCCCAGGAGAGGUUAGUCUAUAGCUAUAAAAGGAGCUUUAAUGGGUUUGCUGCGAAACUCAAACAUGAAGAGCAAAAAAUCCUAGCUGGCAUGGACGGCGUAGUAUCGGUGUUUCCCAGUAGAACCCUCAAGCCUCACACCACAAGAUCAUGGGACUUCUUAGGAUUCACCAAAACUGAAAAGAGAAAUCUAGCAUUGGAGAGGGAUAUUAUUGUCGGGAUGCUGGACACAGGAAUCUGGCCUGAAUCCGAAUCUUUUAGAGACGAGGGGCUUGGGCCACCACCAAAGAGAUGGAAAGGAGCUUGCGUAAAUCUCCGAUGCAACAAUAAAAUUAUUGGAGCCCGUUACUACGGUUCCGGAGAUUCUGUCGCAGCCCAUCUGGAACUCUCGCCACGCGACUUCGAAGGCCACGGCACCCACACCGCCUCCACGGUGGCCGGCGAUCUCAAGGGCAACGCGAGCCUGUACGGUCUAGCGCCGGGGACCGCCAGAGGCGGGGUGCCCUCCGCUCGAAUUGCAGUGUACAAGAUUUGCUGGGCGGACGCAUGCCAAGAUCAUGACAUCUUGGCUGCGUUCGAUGACGCGAUAGCCGACGGCGUCGACAUGAUCUCCGUCUCGCUCGGGGCAGGUUAUCCAGUUCAUUAUUUCGAAGACGCCAUAGCCAUUGGGUCCUUCCAUGCAAUGAAGAAAGGGAUUCUUACGUCAGCGUCGGCUGGUAAUGACGGUCCAUCUCAGGUUACCGUAUCCAACGUCGCCCCCUGGAUGCUGGUGGCCGCAGCUAGCACCACCGACCGGCAUAUUGUAGACAAGUUGGUUUUAGGAAACAAUCGCACUGUUUCGGGAUUUUCCAUCAAUACCUUCCCCACCGAGAAAAGGUUUUACCCAUUCGUUUUUGCCAUGGAGAAGAAUACAUUCGAAUAUGGUUGUAGCGCAGAAAUUUUAAAGAACAGUGCGGCGCGCGGGAAGAUUCUUCUGUGUGGAUAUUACGAUGAUGGAGGAGCACCUUUGCUUGCUGGUGCUAAGGGGAUGGUGAUGUUGUUCGACUCAGAGUCAUCAUAUACGUUCCCACUUCCAGCAAUUGGUGUCCUCACCAAAGACGCCAAGAUGCUUGUGAAUUACAUCAACAAAACCAGGAAUCCUGUAGCUAACAUACGUAAAAGUGAAGCAGUCUUUGAUCCUAAAGCCCCCGUUGUUGCUUCUUUCUCUUCUAGAGGGCCAAGUUUGAUCACACCGGACAUUUUGAAGCCUGAUUUAAGCGCUCCUGGAGUUGAUAUCUUGGCAGCAUGGUCACCGAAUGCGUCGAUCUCAUCGUAUGAGAACGAUACACGUUCGGUCAAAUACAACAUUAUAUCGGGAACAUCCAUGUCAUGCCCUCACGUAACAGCCGUUGCCGCAUAUGUUAAAUCAUUUCAUCCAAAAUGGUCUCCAGCAGCCAUCAUGUCUGCCCUGAUUACAACUGCUUCACCAAUGAAUCCUUCUUACCAUCCGGAUGCUGAACUAGCUCAUGGAGCUGGCCAGGUAAACCCAAUAAAGGCACGGAGUCCAGGUUUAGUGUAUGAUGCCAGUGCAAGGGACUACGUACAGAUGCUAUGCAAUCAAGGCUACAAUGACACAACAAUUAGAGCGAUUACUGGAGACAACAAUAGUUGUCCCAAGGAUUCAAAAGGAUCUCCAAGAGAUCUUAAUUACCCUUCAAUUGCUGUCUAUGUUAAAACGAAAACAGGUUUUCACGCAGAGUUUCCAAGAAUCGUUACCAAUGUUGGCUAUCCAAGGUCCACAUAUACAGCAAGGAUCAACUCAGGAUCCAAACUUAAUGUUACAGUGAAUCCCAGGGUGCUAUCCUUCAGGAAAUUGUAUCAGAAGCAGAAAUUUGUUGUGACGGUUUCUGGGCCCCCACUCUCGCUUAAUUCGACUGCCUCAGCUUCAAUCAUAUGGUCUGAUGGCAAGCAUCAUGUAAGGAGUCCAAUAGUUGCAUACGGACAACUCCCUUGA